AUGGGAUUUUUCGAUCACCUCCAGAAAGGAGGGGCUUUUUCGCUGCAGGCUCAAAAGCCACAAAUUCGUAAGGUUGUCCAGACCCGGCCCCCGCCGCCCUCAAGAUCUUCCUCGCACACCCCCGUCAGAUCAUUGUCGCAGACCUCACCCCCGGGGAGAGUUAAAAGACCACGAGACUCCACUAGCCGGUCUGUCUCGAGAGAUCCCGAUCAUCGCCCAUCGAAGCGUUUAAGUACCCCGUUGCGAAAUAGGAAACGGCCAACUCCUGAACAACGGUUUUCGAGUGACGAUGACGCAAGUGACACGGAUACAUCAUUUGAGUUGCGCAAGCGGGCAAGAACGGAGGAUAGUGCGGAGCCUGACCUCGCGAGGCGCAUACGGUCUUUGAAAGCAUUUUCGGAGGAGAAUGUUAAACCACUGCCAUUGGUCCACGCUGCAGAUAUUACAUCCAAACAAAAAGCCGGAAACUUCAGACGAGCGUUUGGAGGGGCAGACCGGCCGACGGAGAUUCUUCUGCAGUAUCCCAGUGCUUCACUUAAAGAAAGAUUCAACCUCGUCGUGCCACGCGACAACGAUGAUUUUAAGCCUAUCGAUGAUAUCGUCCAUGUUAUCGACAUCGUUUCUGAGAACUAUAUUCCUGAGAGUGAGGCGGAUUUCUUCAACAAUGAGUCAACAGGUAUCAAACGGAGGUUGCGCCGAGCUUUGGCACAUUCGUCAGAGACGGAAUUCCGAGAAGCCGUGGCCAGCUACAAUCGUGAGAUCGAGCGUUUAAGACGUAGUGGGGCCAUUGCUAAACAUUUGGACGCGACACAUCGGUUGAACCUGCCGCUUGUAGAAAGGAUAUUGACACAGAUUUACGCCCGUACUGUAUCCCCUCGAGUUGAAUCUCUUCGCCGAUACGAAAACGGAACGGAUAACGUUUACGGAGAGCUCCUACCUCGUUUCAUCAGCACGAUCUUCAAAGAAACUCGGCUAAAAUCGGGGCACGUCUUUGUCGAUCUUGGAUCUGGAGUUGGUAAUGUCGUUUUGCAAGCUGCGCUUGAAAUUGGAUGUGAAAGUUGGGGCUGCGAGAUGAUGGCCAAUGCUUGUGACCUGGCAGAACUUCAGCAGACCGAGUUUAGAGCACGCUGCCGGCUCUGGGGUAUUGCGCCAGGGAAAACAAACCUUGUCCGUGGCGACUUUCUGCAAGAGCAAAGCAUCAUUGAUGUUCUGAAACGCGCAGAUGUUGUUCUGAUCAACAACCAAGCCUUUACACCUCAACUCAACAAUGAGAUCAUCAAUCACUUCUUAGAUAUGAAAGAGGGCUGCCAGAUUGUGUCACUCAAGUCUUUCGUUCCUGCCGGUCACAAGAUUCAGUCUCGCAAUCUGUACUCCCCGAUCAACCUUUUGAAGGUUAAGCAGUUGAAUUACUGGUCAAACAGUGUCAGCUGGACUGACGUUGGGGGCACAUAUUUUAUUGCCACCAAAGAUAGUUCCAGGCUCAAGGCUUUUGCGGAUAGCAUGGAAUGA